AUGAGUAUGCCCAAUGUGUUAAAUAAUAAUGACGACACUACGAACAGACAGCAAAAAAUAUCUAAACAAGACUGGAGAUAUUAUCGAUACAAGCCCUCCUCGGAUAGAAUUAAGCAUUUGUUGAAUACACAGAUGGAUAACCCGAGAAAGCAGAAGGAGUCUGAGCCGAGGACAAUCUUUGAGCCGGCGAAGUUUUCCCUGCCCAGCAGAUAUGAGGUAGUUCAGAUUUUGGGAAAGGGAUCCUACGGAACUGUUUGUUCUGUCAACGACAAGAUUAAUCCCGAUAACGUGUAUCCUAUUGCUGUGAAGAAGAUAACCAAUAUUUUCUAUCGAGAAAUUCUAUUGAAGAGAGCCAUUAGAGAAUUGAAGUUCAUGACAUUUUUCAAAGGACAUAAAAACAUCGUGAGCCUUAUUGACUGUGAAAUUGUGUCCGAAAAGCCCUACGAUGGUCUUUAUUGUUAUCAGGAGUUAAUUGACUAUGAUUUGGCCAAAGUUAUUCAUUCGUCAGUGCAGCUAUCGAACUUUCAUAUCAAGCACCUGUUUUAUCAAAUUCUCUGUGGAUUGAAGUACAUCCACAGUGCAGAGGUUAUCCAUCGAGACCUUAAACCGGGAAAUAUUCUGUGUACCCUGAAUGGUUGCUUAAAAAUAUGUGAUUUUGGUCUAGCCAGAGGACUAGCCCCACAGUUCUUCACUAGCAAAGACAACUAUCAUGAUAUAACCAAUUAUGUGGCCACUCGAUGGUAUAGAGCUCCAGAGUUGAUACUAUCGGAAAAUACGUAUGGCAAAUCCAUCGAUAUGUGGUCCAUCGGAUGCAUACUUGGAGAGUUCUACGGCAGGAAGCCUCUAUUUAUGGGAAAGGAUUCGAUUCACCAGAUUCAUGAAAUAAUGAAAGUUCUAGGUCCCCCGUCAAAAGAAGUACUACUCGAUUAUGGCUCCUUGAAGGCGUGGAAUUCUUGCCAUAGUGCUAGCGGUUCCAUCUCUGCAAUGGCUGACUGGACGGAGUUGUACCCCUCGGCGACGCUAGAAGCUUUAGAUUUGAUUGAAGGUCUAUUGAAAUGGGAUCCCAAAAAAAGGUUGACCAUUGAACAAGCUCUCGAGCACCCUUUUUUGACUAGUGUAAGAAAUCUUGACGACGAGCCCGUUUGUCCUUGGGGAGCCUUCGAUUUCUCCUAUGAGUAUCAACUAUAUUCUAUGCCUAGGCUACGGGAGUUUCUUAUCAAUGAGGUUGCCAUGUUCAGAGGGGAUAGGGUUAAAUGCAACGCAUCUAAGCCACACUUCCCACAGAAUAUCAAGAUCGUGGAAGAAGCUAGGCGCUAG